AUGCAAUUGUCUGACAAAGCCCUCAAUGCAUAUAUACACUGUAUUAGGGGUGAAGAGCAUUUACUUCAUAGAGAAGGUGGAAAGGUCUUCUUGGAGAACACAUUCAUUUCCAGUCUGCUUAAGCGUGAUGGCGACCCUAAGGUGUUCCUUCCAAUGAAUAUAGAAGAUUUUCACUGGUACCUGGCAGUUCUGAAUGCAAAAAAAAGUGAGGUACAUGUACUCGAUUCUAUGGGACAACAAAUAACGGAUCGCCGAGACCUUUAUACUACAUUAAAAGGUCUAGAAAGACAGAUUAAACUUGCAGCAAAACAUAAAGAGCUUUACCAAGGCAAGUGGUCGAACCUUGAUGUUGCAUCAUGGCCAGUUAUAGAGAAGAUCACAACACAAAUGCAAACCGAUGGGGUAUCUUGCGGGCUAUGGAUGAUAAACUAUAUGGAAUACUGGACAGGAUCCUCCCUAUCUGAUAACGUAACUCAGGAUGAUAUAACAAUGUUUAGGUUUAAGCUACCUGCAAUAUUAUGGGACUCGAGAUUAAACACAAAGAAAGGACAUCAAAAUCUUGACCACAAUGUGGAUGAAGAUGGAGAGAGUUCAAGUGAUGUUCAAAUAAUCGAUACUCCAUGUGAGUUAUCUAAAUCGUCAAAUACAUCACAUCAGAUUGAACCAUAUAUAUCUCCAUAUGUUCUGCCUGCUAAAGUAACAUCAACAAACACGCAAGAACUGAUGUUUGUAUUAUGCACAUAUAUCAUGGGGAUAGACAACGACAAAUAUUUAAAGAAACAUUGGAUUCAGAGCACUAAACCUUAUCCAAUUUCUUUAAGUCUUCAAAAACUUAAAGAUAUAUUGGAUGUAAAUAAGCCGAUGGAUACAGAUUGUUUUAACAUGGCUGUUCGGAUGAUCGCAUGCAAUGAUUCCUUGUUCUUGUUGGAAGAAAAAUACCACUACAUGGAUCUACAGUUCUGUUUGUUUGGACUUUGUGUGGUCCAAUCAGAUAGAACAAAUGGAACCAGCGAAACAGAUAAAGGUCAUGAAAGGAUUCUAGAAACGAUCAACACAGUUGGACAUGACGAUCUAAAGGUGCUGCCGGGAUUGCAUUUCAUGCCCCAAUCAACAACUGGGCCAGAAAUUUCACCAGCUGCUAUCCCUGAAUUGGUGUCCAAGCCAACGGAGGCGGUUCCACCAGCUGGAUCAAUGGUUCGUUCAGGCACUGAGGUCAUCAGUUCCCGUGGUGGUCGCCGUUGUGCUGUACGUGACGCCGUCCCAGGUUUUGAUGGUCAUAGCCAUGCUUUACCUGCUGCGACAUCCCCGGUUCCGCAGCAGGAUGCCCUCCGUGCCUUUCAACUUCUAUAG